CAAUCUCGUUUGAACAACUAUCAUAUGCAACUGGCGCGUAUGCUCCAGCCAAACAGCGGGCAGCUCCAACAUACAUGAAUUUCAACCCUGUGAAGAUACCAUAAACAAGGUUUAUAUUUAAGUAAAGCGUUACCUACACUUCUAAAGGAAAGGGGACCAACAUUUUCAUAUACACUGCAGUAUUUUCACCUUCAAUAAAUUGUCUAAAUUUAUCCUCAUCGAUAACUUAAUAAAUUUUUUAUGAAAAUGUGAUAAAAAAAAACAUUUACGUCAAUCAUAUGGCAUUGAUGAUAGUGCUGUGAAAUAAGCUUGUAUCCACGUUUCAUACUAGUAGCAGAAAUAAAUGGCGUUCGUGCAUAAUUAAAGCCUUGCUUCUAUUUAUCUAGCACACAAGUGUCAAUCAGCUCGUUAGGGAUCCUUGAUUUACCCUGGGUCCUAACACUCCUUAGUGUUGGAACAGGAUAAAAACCGGCAUAGUACCACUUCGGCACUCUUUGGAGAUACAUCGCUGCUGCAAUGGCCUUCCACCUGGUAGUUACCAUACUUUUGCUGCUAGGCGUAACCGAGAGUCACGCGUUGACUCUUUCCAGGACAAAAACGUACGACCAACUGCGUGCCGCUAUUAAAGAAUCUGAAGCGGCGUACGGUCUUGGAGGAAAGGUCCAUCUUAAUCCAGAUGAACGGCAGGCCGACCGAAUACUGAGGGCAAUGAAAAAGGACGAGUUAAAGGUGGUCGACCGUGCCCGACCCGUGGCAGGAAUGCACUUCUUUGAUGCAAAACCUUUCAUCGAGAAUAGCACCGUGUUUGAGGCGUUAAAGCUAAUGCCGAAGGGUGCCAUCCUGCAUCUGCACAACUCGGCCGCCGUCUCGUCCAGCUGGGUGAUCAAGAAUCUAACGUACCGUGUGGAGGCGAAGCUGUGUAAUGUAGACGAUCGUUACUAUUUCACCGUAAGACCGCUCAACUUCUGUCCAGAAAAUCAAACGCAACCCAUCAAUCAGCUGCGCAAGGAGCGGAAGGAUGAUAUCGAUACGUUCGACAUAUGGUUGGAAUCGUUUAUCAACAUGAGGCUGAAACCGACGCGAACCGGAUACGCUUCUACCGAUGAGCUGUGGCUCGAUUUCGAGAGCUGUUUCGAUGCGAUGAAGGGCUUCCUGCAGUACAAGCCCUUCUUCGAGGCGUACCAUUGGCAGCUGCUGCAUGAGUUCUACAACGAUCGCGUGUACUACAUCGAGUUGCGGAUGUCCUUCGCGAAAGUGUUCGACGCUGCUGGGAGGGAGUAUGGUCCACCGGAAGUGGCGUAUCUGUUGCAUCGCAUCGUGGAUGACUUUCGCCGCCAGCAUCCAGCGUUUCAAGGGGUCAAACUGAUACUGGCCAAACACAGAAACAUGACCGAUGGGGAGCUGGAGAAAGCGUUACAACUGUACGAUAGCUUAAGUACCACUUUUCCCGGGUUUGUAGUCGGAUUCGAUUUAGUUGGUCAGGAGGAUAUUAAUCGAUCGUUGAAAAGCUUUUCAUCGCUGCUAGUACAACCGCCAGUAUCAUCGGGACCACCGAAAUACUUUUUCCAUGCUGGAGAAAUAGCUGGAUAUUUCACAGAAGCGGAUGAAAACGUUAUCGAUGCCGUGCUGCUCGAUACUAAGCGCAUAGGGCACGGUUAUGCGCUGAUGAAGCACCCCAUCCUUUGGCACGCGGUACAGCACAAGCAGAUCGCGAUCGAAGUUUGUCCGAUCUCUAACCAGGUGCUUGGGCUGGUGCGCGAUCUGCGCAAUCAUCCGGCCAGCUUUUACGUUGCACAGAACAUACCCAUCGUCAUAACGAGUGACGAUCCUGGCUUUUGGGAUGCGGUUGGGGUAUCGUUCGAUUACUACUACGCCUUUAUGGCGAUCGCACCCCACUCCGGGCUAGGGUUUCUCAAGCAGCUUGUCUGGGACUCGAUUCGAUACAGUUCGCUAAGCGAUGGAGAGCGACAAAACAUCACCGCUACUAUGGAGAAACAAUGGGCCUUAUUUGUGCGGCAGGUUGUUAGCGCAAAUUCUUCAGCAACUGAAUGAGUCGUUUUGUGCAGCAAACACACAGGAAAACACACAGGAGAAAUAAAAUAAA